AUGUGGUUUACGACAGAAAGCCUGCGAGGCCUAGCGUGCCUAGCGAUAGUUGUGGGAUCGUCCGUCUGGGACGUGACCGCACAGGCCGUGCCUCCUGUCAGCCAAGAGAAGGGUGUCUCGGCUUGGGCCUUCGACAUGAGCCAGGUCACGUUGAGCAGUGGACGCUUCUUCGACAACCAGGCUCGCACUCUGACGUAUCUUAAAGCAGUCGACGUUGAGCGCUUGCUGUACAACUUCCGCAAGAACCAUGGACUGUCAACCAACAACGCGGCGACCAACGGCGGAUGGGAUGCCCCGGAUUUCCCAUUUAGAACUCACGUCCAAGGCCACUUUCUGAAUGCAUGGGCAUUUUGCUACGCCCAGCUCCGCGACGCCGAAUGCAAGAGUAGGGCUACUUACUUUGCUGCCGAACUCAAGAAGUGCCAAGCCAACAACAGCAAAGCUGGCUUUACUACCGGCUAUCUUUCUGGCUUUCCCGAGUCUGACAUCACCGCUGUUGAAAACCGCACUCUCAGCAACGGCAACGUUCCCUACUAUGCCAUUCACAAGACCAUGGCUGGCUUGCUCGACGUUUGGCGCCACAUCGGUGACACCAACGCGCGAGACGUUCUUCUUGCGAUGGCAGCGUGGGUCGACUCUCGUACGGGAAAGCUUACGUAUUCCCAGAUGCAAGCCAUGAUGGCCACAGAAUUUGGAGGAAUGAAUGAAGUCUUGGCCGACAUCUUCCACCAAACCGGGGAUCAACGUUGGCUCACUGUCGCACAGCGAUUUGACCAUGCCGCCAUAUUUGAUCCUCUUGCUUCAAACCAGGAUAGCCUCAAUGGCUUGCACGCGAACACUCAAGUUCCAAAAUGGAUCGGUGCCUCACGCGAGUACAAAGCCACGGGAACUAGUCGAUACCAGGACAUCGCCCGUAACGCAUGGAACAUCACCGUCAGCGCGCAUUCGUACGCAAUUGGUGGGAACAGCCAGGCAGAGCACUUUAGGCUCCCCAAUGCCAUCGCUGCAUUCUUGAAUCAAGACACUUGCGAGGCUUGCAACACGUACAACAUGCUCAAGCUCACACGAGAGCUUUGGUUGACGAACCCGAGCACCACAACUUACUUUGAUUUUUAUGAGCGUGCUUUGCUCAACCAUUUGCUGGGCCAGCAGAACCCAUCUGAUGGUCAUGGUCAUAUCACAUACUUCACUCCCUUGAACCCGGGUGGACGUCGUGGCGUCGGCCCGGCCUGGGGCGGUGGAACCUGGAGUACAGACUAUGACUCCUUCUGGUGCUGCCAAGGAACUGGGUUGGAAACAAACACAAAACUCAUGGACUCCAUCUACUUUUACGACAACUCUGCGCUCUACGUCAACCUGUUCAUACCCUCUGUUCUGACAUGGACUCAGCGCAGCGUCACUGUUGCCCAAACAACCGAUUUUCCCCGCGGUGAUACAACGACCCUGAAGGUCACUGGUGCUGGCAAAUGGGUCAUGCGUGUCCGUAUCCCAGCAUGGGCUUCUGGAGCUCAAGUUACUGUGAAUGGCCAAGCCAUAAGCAAUGCCGCUGGAACAUACGCGUCCAUCGACCGCACCUGGGCCUCGGGCGAUACCGUGGUUGUGAAGCUCCCUAUGAAGCUACAAGUCAUUCCUGCGAACGACAACCCCAGCAUCGCCGCAAUCGCCUACGGUCCUGUCAUUUUGAGUGGAAAUUAUGGAAGCGAAACACUUUCUACUACCCCAGCGUUGAACUUGGCCACCGUGAAGAGAACUGGAACUACUGGAUUGGCUUUUACGGCGACGGCGGGUGGCAAGACUGUGAACCUUGGACCCUUCUAUGAUGCCCAAGGUUUCAAUUAUAACGUGUACUGGUCCAUCAGCGGAAACUUGCCCGCAUGA